GUACUGUUGUCAUCUCGGCUAUACGCACGCCCGUGAGAAAAAUGGCGGCGGCUAAGAGUGCCAGUCGUGUGGUCGGUUCUGUGAAGCCGCUUCUCAGCCGAGAUCUGAACGAUGCCAAGCGACGAGUGCGGGAGCUGUACAGAGCCUGGUACCGGGAGGUGCCCAACACAGUGCAUGUGUAUCAGCUGGAUAUCACUGUGAAACAAGGAAGGGACAAAGUGAGAGAGGAGUUUAAAAAGAAUGCACAUGCGUCAGAUCCUCGAGUCAUUGAUCUUCUUGUAAUCAAGGGGAAGAUGGAUUUAGAAGAAACCAUAAAAGUAUGGAAGCAAAGGACACACAUUAUGCGAUAUUUCCAUGAGACUGAGACGGCGCGGCCUACUGAUUUUAUUUCUCGCUUCUAUGCUGGCCAGGACUACUAAGUGCUGUCAUAGUCUAUUUAAUGUUUCUUGUGCUGGACUGAAUGGCAAAAAAACAAUAAAAUGAUCUACCUAUUUACCUAUCUAAA